UUUUGCAGCGGUUGCUGUGAGUGCCGUAAAGCAGAGUUGCUGCAGCUGUUGGGAGAGUAUCAGUCGGGGCCUGUUGGGAAAAACCGGGUGUGUGUGGAGGUGACUGUUGCAAGCUUCGGGUAGCAGUCCGGAGAACUGAGUUUAGAUGUCAUCACUGUCACCAAUUUCUCGAGUGACAUGAGAAAUAUCUUUUUGUUCACGGAAAACAAGAUUAUCUCCUUACCCGAAAAGAUGAAACCAGCUGAGUUACUUUCAAAAGACAACCAAAUGAGCACCGCAAACUAAUGAGUAGAAUCAAUAAGAACGUGAUUUUGGCGCUUUUAACUUUGACCAGUUCUGCAUUUCUGCUAUUUCAGUUAUACUACUACAAGCACUAUUUAUCAGCAAAGAAUGGAGCUGGUUUAUCAAAAUCCAAAGGAAGCCGAAUUGGAUUUGAUAGCAUACAGUGGCGUGCAGUUAAAAAAUUUAUUACACUAACAUCAAGCCAAAAUGUACCUGUGUUCCUUAUCGACCCUUUGAUUCUGGAAUUGAUUAAUAAAAACUUUGAACAAGUCAAAAAUACUUCUCAUGGUGCCGCUUCAGAAUGCAACUUUUUCUGUGUUCCAAGAGACUUUACUACAUUUGCACUACAGUAUCACCUAUGGAAGAAUGAGGAAGGCUGGUUUCGGGUAGCUGAAAAUAUGGGAUUUCAGUGUCUAAAGAUUGAGAGCAAAGAUCCCCGGCUCGAUGGGAUAGACUCGCUUUCCGGGACUGAGAUCCCCCUGCACUACGUCUGCAAGUUGGCCACUCACGCCAUCCACUUGGUGGUCUUCUACGAGAGGAGUGGCAACUACCUCUGGCACGGCCCUCUGCGGCUCAAAGGCCACAUUGACAAGAAAUUUGUUCCUUUUCGAAAGUUACAGUUUGGUCGUUAUCCGGGAGCUUUUGACAGGCCAGAAUUACAACAAAUCACUGUUGAUGGACUAGAAAUCCUCAUUCCAAAAGAUCCAACGCACUUUCUAGAAGAAAUGCCGCACUCUAGGUUUAUUGAGUGUAGGUAUAAAGAAGCUCGAGCAUUCUUUCAGCAGUACCUUGAAGAUAGCACCGUGGAAGCUAUGGCUUUUCGGAAGAGUGCGAAGGAGUUGCUGCAACUCGCAGCCAAAACGUUGAAGGAAUUGGGAGUACGAUUCUGGCUGAGCAGCGGAACUUGCCUCGGAUGGUAUCGACAGUGCAGUAUCAUUUCUUAUAGUAAAGAUGUUGACAUAGGAAUUUUUAUACAAGAUUACAAAUCUAAUAUUAUUUCAGCAUUUCAGGAUGCAGGACUUCCACUCAAACACAAAUUUGGGAAGGUAGAAGACAGCUUGGAACUAUCUUUCCAGGGAAAAGAUGAUGUGAAACUUGACAUUUUUUUCUUCUAUGAAGAGACUGACCAUAUGUGGAAUGGAGGCACUCAGGCCAAGACAGGAAAAAAAUUUAAAUACCUGUUUCCCAAGUUUGCACUGUGCUGGACCGAGUUCGUAGACAUGAAGGUCCGGGUGCCCUGUGAAACCAUCGAAUACAUUGAAGCCAACUAUGGUAAGACCUGGAAGAUUCCAGUGAAGACGUGGGACUGGAAGCGCUCCCCCUCCAACGUGCAGCCCAAUGGGGUCUGGCCUGUCUCCGAGUGGGAUGAGGUCAUCCAGUUAUACUGAGAUGGGAGGCUGAAGCGGUGGAAUCCCUCCACCUGAAAAACAGGUGGCUCAGUGUUUGAAAAGAUGCAUAGCUAUUUGUCAAAUGUAAGUAGGAGCCAAAGAAAAAUGACAAGUUUGAAGGCACAGAGAGAGUUCUAACUCCCAAGCCAACUGAUUGAAUCCUCUCAUUUAACAUUUAUUAAGGAGUCUCCAUGUGCCAGGCACAGUGCUAGGCUACCACGGAGAGCAGAGACGAGCGAGACAGAGGCCUGCCUCCUCUUCUCCCUCCCUUUGGUAAGCACCCUGAUUUUCCUUUGAGGGAAACAUGCUUACUCUUUAAAGAGCUCAUAGAAUGUGAUGUGUUCUCUAAGCGCUUUCAAAAUGUUAGAUGAUGGUUGGACUGGAAGAUGGGCUCACCUCAAGAGGUUAAGGAAGGAUACACUAGUUAAAAAGAAUGAGCCAUUCCUGGUCUCUGUGUUUAAGUUUGUACAUUAGAGAUACUUUUCAGGUUGUGGCAUCUGAGUUAACAUUCAAGCGGUCAGACUUCAGGUGGCAUCAGGAAAAGAUGCUGGCAGGUUCAUGGUGUGAGCAUCCUGCUGGGGAGUUGGCUUACAGCUCAGGGCAGCAUCCUAUAGGAGAGUGAGAGCUUAUGUCCAGCCUUGUCAAAGAUACCCACAUUUUCAUACACUUUCUGUUUUCAUGUGUGAAGUGCGAGGAGAGCUUAUGUUUGUGUAAUGCUUAAAUUUCUAGCCAUUGUGAGGAUAUUUUCAGUGACUUCUGAUAGCACUUGUUGACAAAUCAUUCAAGUGAGACCAUGCUACCAGACAUGAUUUCAAAAGGGUUGUCGCUGCACAAAACUUGCUUUCCUUAUUUCAUUCUCAGCCAUCUGUUAAGCAGAAAUCCAAGCUAUUCAUGGACAUUCAGUCUUUUCUGAUUUAGAGUCCAUCUAUUCUUCAGUUAAAUGGUAUGUAAGCCUGCCUGUUCCCUCUCUCUUCUAAAACUACAUCAGGUCUCCAAAAUGAAGAUAAAUGGAAAACCUUGCAGCUCUUCUCCACCCCAGAUCACCGUGUUUGUGGUGUUUCUAUCAGUUCUAGUGGUUUUGUCUAUUGAAUAUCAAUGGGUCAAGAACUCAGACUUCCCUAGUUUACCUCCCACUCUGAGAUCCUCAUUGCCUUUUCCUCCACAGAAUACAGCCCUGAGUAGGCCGGGAUGGCUCUGUCUUCCCCGUCUCUUCAUGAGUCACUUUAAUUAUGUAUUUUCAGUGAGGAGUAAAGGCAUGUGUAGGCACAAUAAACACCUCCACUUCCUUUUUCCCUUUUGGUCCAGGAAAGGAAGCUUAGGCUGCUUAGGACUACUUUCUGAACCAGACUGGAAGAUUUUUCUCCACCCUCUUCCUUCAUAGUAAUCUGAAAUAAAAGUCAGAUUUUCCUAGCAAAAAAUAAAUAAAUAAUAGAUAGAUAGAUAAAUGUAAAAAUAGAGACUACUGGGAGUGUCAGAAAAGGAAACUGGAAAGUUUGAGGGGAUGGGCUUACCAAGUUUUCUUAAAACACAAUUGGGGAAGGUAACCUACAAGCACCUCACUCCAAAUUUUAAAAACAAUGAAAACUUUCUAAAAAAGAUUUCAUUUUAUAGAGGGGGGAAGGGAGGGAGUAAGAGAGGGAGAGAAUCAUUGAUGUGCAAGAGAAACAUCAACCAGUUGCCUCUCAACAGCCCCCAACUGGGGAUUGAACCUGCAACCCAGGCAUGUGCCCUCACUGGGAAUUGAACCAGUGAUCUUCCUGUUUGCAGGACAAUGCCUAACCCACUAAGCCACAGUCAGGGCACAAUGAAAACUUUCUAAAUAAAUCAUAAAUAACCAAUGACUUUCCUCUCUUAAUAUGAGUUUUCAAUGUUAUAAUCAUUGGGUCUUUUCAUAAAUAACAUAAUUAGGAUAUUAGGGACCUUUAUGGGUUACCGGUAAAUUUGUCCCCAAGUGACUGGCCAUUGUAAUCAGCUCUCUCUUUGUUAGAAAAUCAGCCCAUAGAAAUCAUACCCAAAUCCUAAAUUUUAUAACCUAAUUUUAUUUUUCAUGGUUGAAAAAAUGUAUCAGGUAAUAAAAUAACAGUGUUCCUAGACAGACUCCACCAUGCUUAGUGAGCUUGUACUCAGCAUCUCCAAGUGUAUACACUCUACAUUUUUGCCUGUUUUAAAUUGGGGCUCCCACUGUUCACUAGGGAAUCUUACCUACCCCUGUCUAGGUUAUUUCUCUUUUAUCUGUUUCUGGAGUCCAAAGUCUUGAAAGAUUCAAAAUCUGAGCUAUCCUGCCACAUUGACAGAGGUUCUAGUCCUCCCCUACAUAGACCACUGGCCAUUGGAACACCUUCCUUGACUGCCUCCGGGUUUCACAGGCCUUAGCUCUUGGGUCCUACCCUAACUGGGAAAUGAAAGCCUUUCCCCAGACUCUGAGGGCCAGGCUUGCCUCCAACACAGAUGCAGCCUCACUUCGUCCUGUGCUCAACUCUGCUGAGUGUCCAGAGACCUUGGGUCCGGUGGAUUUGCCACCAGCACCACGUCAGGUCACUUUCCUCACCUGAGUAUUCUAACAAUAAUUCUCCUUGUCCGACCAUUUUUAGGUCCAGUUUGCCUGGCUUAUUAAGAGAAAACCUCUUGCAUUAAGGUUGGGCAACCUCUCCCUUAAUAACCAGGCAGCCACCCCCUAACAACCAGGUGACAACCUUGUCCAAGCAGGGAGCACUUGUCCUCCUCGCCUCUGCUGCAGCUACUGCCAUCUGACCCCUGGAAGAAACUGGUUUCCAAAAUGGAGCAUCCCUUUGAAGCUGGGUAGUAGGAUAGCAGGUUCCCUUGAGUCCCCAGCUACAAAGCCUGAAAUGUGACCACCGCAUGGCGGGAUGCCUGCCACAGUGCCCCAAACUACUAACAUUCUCCUGAAAAUCACCUUGCUCUUGAAUCUUAAAAGUGGAGGGGACUUCACUGCCCCAUUCACUCCCUCCCCCUUAUUUUGUAGCUGAGUAAUAAACCCAGAAAUGAGUGAUUUGAGCAAGAAACAACUGAGGCUAAAACCCACGAGGGCCAUGACCUCCAGCCCCGUGCCUGUUUCAUUGCGUCACAGCACUGCGUCUGGAACCCUGCUCGAGAUGCCUGACAGUGGAGUCGUCCAGCACCCCAGCUGGAUUACGCUUCAGGGUGUUUCUGCCCUUCCCCACCUCGCACUUUCCUGUUAGAUGGAGAGCUCAAGGUGACAAAGAGGUCAAGGAGCAGUGUUUCUUUCUUGUCCAAAGUUCAUAGAUUAUCUUUGUACCUUUAUCUGAAACAUGCCGUAGCUUCCAGCAGUGAACUAGCUCACGUCUGGGUUCAUCAGCCUUGGUCGGCAUCCAGGAGCACCUGUUCUCACGCUCAAGGUGCGUCCCAUUGCCGCCUCUCUACUUCUAGGAAACUGUCGGCCCCAGUCUGCUAAGCACCCAUUUCUGAAGUCUCUCCUCUUCCUCUUCAUUGGUAUUUUCUUAGGGAAACAAGUAGUUGAAAACAGAUUGUGCUCACUUCUUUUUUGCUUUGUGACCCCAAAUCAUUGUUUCUGGUCUGACAAGGUUACAGGUGGCAUGGACAGCGAGGUGUUACACAGGAGAGCAGAGGUGUAUAGAUGGGGACCAGAGCAGCCCAUUCUGGGAAAUGUACUUCAGUGAGUUCCCAUGCUCCAGCCUAAACCCUCCCCCAAUAUCAUAUGCAUGAGACUCCUGAGGCUUCCAGGUCCGACCCCACUUUCACCUUCUGGAGAAUGAACAGUUCUGCUAUGCUCAAUGUUACAAAUCCCAGGGGGAAUUUCCUCUCAAAACCCACUCAGAGAAAGAGCCUCAGCCCCACCUUCUAACAUGCAGUCAUCGUUUGAAACAGCUUUGAAGCGUGGAAACCCCUAGCUUCUGUCCCUCCAAAUGAGUUUCUCUGAAGAAAUUUCCUGCAGCUAUUUCUUUUCCCCCUUUGCUUCCCCUGUCGUUAAGACCUGGGCUAGGUCACUUCUCACGUCCCACUAAGGGAAGGCAGUAUGUUGGCAUAAAAAGACAGCAAACUUUUAAAUGAGACCUGAGUUUCAAUCCCAGCUGCAUCAUGUGGGAUCUGCGUAGGGGACCUCUCACUCUCAAUUUUCUCAUGAGAGAACUGAGGACGUGAUGUGUGCUUCCGAGGGGUUUUAGUAAGGAUUAAAUGAAAUAUAAAGUGCUUAGCAUCAGGCCUAGGAUUAAGUACUUGAGAAAUGUUUCAUUUUCUACUUCCAACUCCUUUUCUAAUUAUUCUUUAAAGGGGUAAAGGAAACUGUGGGUCAGGGCACCAUUCUUAUUCAGAAGCUUGCAUGGCUGAAUUUGCUUAGGAAAAAGAAUUUUCAUUGUGUCAAGAUAUUAAAGGAUGAAUUGGCUUGUCCUUUAUGGUUUAUGAAUUCAGAGACUUUCCCAACUUGCCUCCCUCUCUAAGAAGAAUUCGUAUUUAUUUUCAUUGUUGGUCAAGCUUUCGUCUCCUAGGGUCCUUUGAUACUGUGCCAUAUGCUACCUAGUUCUUUGGUUCCAAGCAUUUUGCUCUCUGUGCCUCCCUAGAUUUAGUGCCUGCUCUGCUCUGGACUUCUAGGUUUUUCCGUACGUACCUUUCCCUACAGGUAAAUUCUCACCUCCUUGUUAGUAAAUCUCUGCCCAGCCAAAAUCAGACAUAAGUCGUGAUUUGGAAAAGAAAAGCAUUUAGAAUAUUUAGUUUCACAUAAUUGUCUAUCCUGAUGAAUGACUAUAUCAGUAAAAUAAAGGAUAAUUGAAAGUACUCAUUUCCACCUUCUUUCCCCAGAUUUGUGCUUCUGUCCCAACUAGGCAAGAACCAACAGAGCAUGUGAUGCUAUUUUAAGCUGCUCCAAAUCAGAGAGAGAUUCUAAUCAUAGUGCAUAAGUCAACCAGACCAAUUCAGUGGUAAUAAUAGCUUUUGUACAGAACCAGUGAAAUGAAGGCAAGUAUAAAUUUUUCUAAGGCAAAAUCCCUGCUGUAUUCUCAGAACUAGCUCAGAAUGUGCCUCCCCCCACUCCCCCCCACCCCCACCAACCUUGCUAUCCCCUGACCCAACCCAAUGCAGAGAUCGUGCAGGAACACAUUACAGCCAAGCAGCCAUCUACUUAGCAGUAGCUCUCACAGUGACAUUGAGAGGGAGCAUUGGGAGAAUCAUAAGUACUGUAUUUUAUUCUACAAAACAAUUAUGCUGUUUCACGCACCAUGUAAAAAAAGUUACAAGAUUUUGUAGCCUUCUGAUGAUUCAUUCAGAGCCUGGGGAAUAUUUCAUGUGUUCAUUAAAUGAAAAUGAUAUGUAGCUAUGUAUGAGUCCCUUCCACUUCGUAACCAGAAAAACAUGUAUGUGAAUUUUCUGAACAAAGUGACAUUUUAAACUUGAGUAAAUUUUAGUGUAUGCUUACCAGUUUACUGUUUGACUUUAUCUUCAGGUACAGUAAUUUGUGGUACUACUGAAAAUACAUUUAGUGUAAUUACUUUGAUCAGAAUUUGUAAUAUAUAAUCCAGUUUGUGAUGGUGAAUAAAAAUUUUUCUAAUCUCUUGA